CCUACCUACCUACCUACCUACCUACCAUUUUAUUUGCCAAAAAAAAUAAUGCGACGUUGCAUAAAUGCGCGAACGGUCGAAAAGCGACGCGUUCUCGCUCUAACGUUUCUAACGUCGCGCAUCAUCGACUCAAUCGUGCAACGUCGCACGUGCACGAGUACGGCGGUCUCUCUCAUCGCGGUCGGUCCGCUCGCUCGCCACGACCCCCACCGUUCCUCCGACCGUGCAGUCGUAUAAAUAGAUUGAAAUCGUAUCCGAAAAUUUUAUAAGUCUCUCAUAACUCAGUCCGCUCGCGUGUACACGAUACACGCGCGCGCUUCUUUUUAUUUCUCGUGUCUUUAAAUCUUUAAUCGAUCAUGUCCGGCCGUGGUAAAGGCGGUAAAGUUAAGGGAAAGGUUAAGUCCCGUUCCAAUCGCGCCGGUCUUCAGUUUCCCGUCGGACGUAUACACAGGCUGCUGAGGAAGGGUAACUACGCCGAACGCGUCGGUGCCGGAGCGCCUGUCUAUCUCGCUGCCGUGAUGGAGUACCUGGCAGCCGAAGUAUUGGAGUUGGCCGGUAACGCGGCACGUGACAACAAGAAGACUAGGAUCAUACCUAGACAUCUUCAGCUGGCCAUACGCAAUGACGAGGAACUUAACAAGCUUCUGUCCGGCGUAACCAUCGCACAGGGUGGUGUACUGCCGAACAUACAGGCGGUACUGUUGCCCAAGAAGACAGAGAAGAAAGCCUAAUAUUGUUGUGUGCUGCGUGUUGUCAUCAUACGACGAAGUACAUACAUAUCGUGCUUUACUUCUAUUAAAAGGCCCUUUUCAGGGCCACA